UUUUUUUGUAAACGCCGAUUGACUGCACACACACACGCGCGCGCGUCUGCUAUUCCUACUAGAAUUUCUAAUUCCCAUUAAAUGAUAUAAGAUAUUAAAGGGUGGAACUUGGAGAGUAACUCGAGCUGAACUCGUUGCUGAACACGACCGAGCCGAACCGAGCCCAGCUGAAGCCAUGGGGAACCGGGGGAUGGAGGAAUUGAUCCCCCUGAUCAAUAAACUUCAGGAUGCGUUCAGUUCGAUCGGACAGAGCUGUAAUCUGGACUUGCCCCAGAUCGCCGUGGUGGGAGGGCAGAGCGCCGGAAAGAGCUCGGUUUUGGAAAAUUUCGUCGGCAGGGAUUUUCUCCCCCGUGGUUCAGGAAUCGUCACUCGCAGACCUCUUGUUCUGCAGCUAAUCAACAACAAAGCAGAGUAUGCGGAGUUCCUGCACUGUAAAGGGAAGAAAUUUGUGGACUUUGAUGAGGUUCGGCAGGAGAUCGAAAAUGAGACGGACAGGAUCACGGGAUCGAAUAAAGGAAUCUCGCCAAUUCCCAUCAACCUGAGAGUCUACUCUCCUAACGUGCUGAAUCUGACCCUCAUCGACUUGCCGGGGAUGACCAAGGUUGCCGUGGGUGACCAGCCCCCAGACAUCGAGCACCAGAUCCGAGACAUGCUCCUGCAGUUCAUCACUAAAGAGAGCUGCUUGAUCCUUGCAGUCACGCCGGCCAACACUGACCUGGCCAACUCUGACGCGCUCAAGAUCGCCAAGGAGGUGGACCCACAGGGUCUGCGCACUAUUGGAGUGAUCACUAAGCUGGACCUGAUGGACGAGGGAACAGAUGCCAGGGACAUCCUGGAGAACAAGUUGCUUCCACUGCGCAGAGGCUAUAUCGGCGUAGUGAACCGCAGUCAGAAGGACAUCGACGGCAGAAAGGACAUCCGUGCCGCCCUGGGUGCUGAGAGGAAGUUCUUCCUGUCUCACCCUGCUUACAGACACAUGGCUGAGCGAAUGGGAACGCCGCACCUUCAGAAGACCCUCAACCAGCAAUUGACUAACCACAUCCGAGACACGCUGCCUGGUUUGCGCAGCAAGUUGCAGUCGCAGCUCCUGUCAUUGGAGAAAGAGGUGGAGGAGUACAAGAACUUCCGUCCUGAUGACCCUACACGCAAGACCAAGGCUCUGCUGCAGAUGGUGCAGCAGUUCGGCGUGGACUUUGAGAAAUGUAUCGAGGGCUCAGGAGAUCAGGUGGACACUGUGGAGCUGUCUGGAGGUGCCAGGAUCAACCGCAUCUUCCACGAGCGCUUUCCUUUUGAGCUGGUCAAGAUCGUGUUUGAUGAGAAAGAACUGCGGCGAGAGAUCAGUCACGCCAUUAAGAACGUCCAUGGUGUCAGAACGGGGCUGUUCACCCCUGACCUGGCCUUUGAGGCCAUUGUGAAAAAGCAGAUCCGCAAACUGAAAGCGCCCAGUCUGACGUGCGUGGACAUGGUGGUGACCGAGCUCACUUCGCUCGUCAGGAAGUGUGCCAAUAAGUUACACUCGUACCCUCGCCUACGGGAGGAGACAGAGAGAAUCGUCACUACACAUGUUCGUGAAAGAGAGGGCAAGACCAAGGACCAGGUCCUGUUGCUGAUCGACACUGAGCUGUCCUACAUUAACACCAACCAUGAAGACUUUAUCGGGUUUGCCAAUGCGCAACAGAGAACAAACGCGAACAAGAAAAGGCCCACUCCAAACCAGGGUGAAAUACUGGUGAUCCGUAAAGGCUGGCUCACCAUCAACAUAGGCUUCAUGAAAGGAGGAUCCAAGGAGUACUGGUUCGUUCUGACCGCCGAGUCAAUGUCCUGGUACAAGGAUGAAGAGGAAAAGGAAAAGAAAUACAUGCUUCCUUUGGACAACUUGAAGCUCAGAGACGUGGAGAAAGGCUUUAUGUCUACCAAACAUACCUUCGCUAUUUUUAACACCGAGCAAAGGAACGUUUAUAAAGACCUGCGGCAGAUCGAGCUGGCGUGCGAUACCCAGGAGGACGUGGACAGCUGGAAGGCCUCGUUCCUCCGAGCGGGCGUGUACCCCGAAAAAGAUCAGGCAGAUGCAGAAGAAGGGGGUUCAGUGGACACCUUCUCCAUGGACCCUCAGCUGGAGAGGCAGGUGGAAACCAUCCGUAACCUGGUGGACUCCUACAUCGGCAUCGUCAACAAGACCAUCAGAGACCUGAUGCCCAAGACCAUCAUGCACCUCAUGAUCAACAAUGCGAAGGACUUCAUCCACUCGGAGCUCCUGGCCUACCUGUACUCUUCAGGCGAUCAGAACAGUCUGAUGGAGGAGUCGGCCGAUCAGGCCCAGAGGAGGGACGAGAUGCUGCGCAUGUACCACGCCCUUAAGGAGGCGCUCCACAUCAUUGGGGACAUCAGCACCUCCACCGUCACUGUACCCGUACCUCCGCCUGUUAAUGACACCUGGAUCCAGGAGGCCAGCCCCACCCCUCAGCGAAGACCAGCCACUGUAGCCCCGCCCCCUAGCAGGCCGCCAGCAGUCAGAGGCCCCACCCCAGGACCACCUCCUCUGAACCCUUCGCCUGCUUUUGGUGCUCCGCCCAUCCCAUCCAGACCAGGACAGCCCAUUAACGCCUUUGGCAAUAGCAGCCAGGACCCAUUUAGUGCACCGCCACUGGUGCCCUCUCGCCCCGCACGCGUGCCCCCCGGGGUGCCCAGCCGAAGACCUCCUGGCGCACCCACCCGACCCACCAUAAUCCGCCCUGCUGAGCCCUCCCUUCUAGACUAGGCCUUCACUACACAAACACACACACUCUCUCUCAAACGAUCUGCGAAUAUGGGCCAAGAACGAGAAAUAAAGAGCAGGGAGGAGGCUGUAGGGUUAGAAUGCUGAAGAUUUGGGGAUUUUUUUUAAAAACAAACAAAAAAAAUUGUCUGUACAUCCAGCCUGACCAAUAAAUAUCCACCUUUUGAGUUGAUCCAGACUGUUCUGUGAUUAAAAAAAAAAAAAAAACGCUGCUAAUUUUCUCCUUUAGGCACAUUAUUAAAAUUCCAUAUGCAGGCUGUAAGUUAGUACAACGAUUCAAACCACUUCUCUAACUCUUCUUUACUUUUUUUUUCCAUCUCUUAUAUUAUUUGCUCGGUUGGCCUCCAGGGGCCAAUGCUUUAACCAUGCAUCGAUGAGAUUCGCUUUGGGUGACGUGUUUAGUUUUCUGUUUGUUUGUUUGUUUGUUAGUUUUUUUCCACUGAAUGUAUAGUAUAGUUUGCUUACUAGGAGCUAGCCGAGACCUGGUUUUUCCAUUUAAUAAAAUGCCGUCAUUCUCUUUAACCUUCCAUCAUAAUCCCAGCCUUUAAAAUCCAUUGAGUGGUCUGUACAUCAAAUCUGGAAUCGCUUUGAUUAAAGAGUGCUUAGGUUUUAGCAGAAUGUUCCAAUACCCCACAGCGUUCUGUAACGACUUGGUGUGUGUAUACAAAAGAGUAAUCCGUGUAUGUGAAAAUAAUCCGCGUGACAGGAAAUAGGACCGGUUAUUCAGUCCUGUCUUGGCUAGUUAAGCUAUAGCUCAGGUUUUCGCAGUCCUGAUCUGAUUGGUUAACCUAAUUUAGACUUCUAGACAUGUAUGUAAUUUAAAUUCAUCUCUUGAGGCAUAGGUUGCCUCGGUUUUACAUUCAGGGACGGAGCGAGCCUUGUUAAGGCGAACAGAGGCAGCGUACGGAAGACGCAAAGGGGUAGUUUGAACAUACGGUAGCUAACAUGGGUGUGAUGCAACAAAAAUAUCUUAUUACAAACCAUAAAUUUUUACGAUAUGCUCUGAAACCUCAAUUCUCCUCGUUUAAUUAUUUAUAAAGUUACAGGAAUGAAUAUGAAACAAGUUGGUACAUCUGGUCUUAUAGAAGCUCUGAAGAAACGUCUUGGGGAGGGAGGGGAAGCGUAUGAAUAUAGGUAUUCAAUAUCUUUUACUUUUUUUUUUUUUGCAUGAAUGAAUACUAUUGUUAGCAUUAUUUGGUCCAAACUACCCCUCAGGUUGACGAUUUUAACCCAGAUUGUAUGAACAGGGUCUCAAAAUGGAGUGCAUCGACUGUUAUAAUAAUAAUAAUAAUAAUAACAGUAAUUACAAAGGAAAAGUCGUGUUCAUUUGUGUGUCUGUGAAUAGAAACACGAAGACGUCAACGUUACAAGCUGUCCUAACCAAACGUCAGCGCUUUUAAAGUUGGUUACUAAUAAACAGUGCAUUAACUGGGCUGUGGGACUGUGGGCGCUUUAAGGAAAUAUAUACAUACACGUACAGGUUGGGUUUUUAAACGUUUUUUUGGUUUUUUUUGAGUGUAUUAUUUAUAACCUGGGCAUUUGUCAUCGAUGUUUUGAUUUCUUUUUUGUUUGUUUGUUUUCAUUUGUCAUUAUGCUGUCGGAGGAAUAGUGUGUCAGAAAGUGCCGGGAGGUGGCCAGAUGGCUGAGGUGGCCAGGUCUCAUCUAUAAAUCAAUAAGAGCAGCAUGAGGGGGAGGGGGUCAUUAAUUACUAAUCAUAAGUAAGUCUGAUUGGACCUAGCAUUGGUCCCUGUGGGUUUCACCCCUCAGAUUAGAUCAGAUCGCAGAAUAAUGUUCGAAGUUUGAUUUUAUUUUAUUUAACAGGUUCAAAAAGGAUGUUAGUGUUGAUGGGUGAUGAUGAUGAUGAUUUCUUGAAUUUUGCUUUAGGAUUAAUAGUGGAUUCAUUUAAACUCUGAUGUGAAGAUGGACGAGGUGAUCGGAGAUGUCUGGCAAAUUCCAGCAUGUCAGAAUAAAGUGUCGGAUAAUAUAAAGCGCUAAUUUACAAUGAGGGUUUCCUUUAUGAAUAGUGUGCUAUGGAUAAUAGAUAAUAAAUUGUGAUCUAUAAAGUAUGCGUGCACACAUGGGGUGUUCGAGUCUAAGUAGGACUUUAAAAAAUGAAAUUUCUUGUGAAUGAAGACAUAAAACCAACAUUUACAGAAGAUGUCCGUACUUUCGUGAAUGAUGAUCACAGCCGAGGUGGCUCUGAGCCCACUCCAGCUGUUCCUGUGAACAUUUAGCCAGUGGAACGCCUAAUCAUUGAAAAUUGAUGGAUUAGUUAGUCAGUAACUUGUUGAACCCACUUAAUAGGGUUUUACCACACAUUAUAGGGAUUUCCAUUGCUACAUUUCUAUUGCUCCCAUGAAACGCUGGGAGAAGUGUAUUAGUUGAGCAGGGGAUUAUAUAGAGAAAUAACUUGAGUUUUUACUUUUGUAACUGUGUUCUGUUAUUCUGCACAAUCCAGUCCCAGUUUGACUUGAACACCCCUUAUGUGUAUACAUACAUACAAACAUACAUAUGUAUUUAUGUAUGUUUGGCAUCCCAUAUUGCAUAGUCUCUUCUCUGAAACUCUUCACAUGUCUCAUCUCUCUGGUUUCUGGGGUAGAAACAGGUGACCACCCUGUAUAGUUCUGCUGUUUUUAUUCCUUUCGUUUUUUUUUUUUUUUUUUUUUUUUUUUUUUUUGAAAUCAUCUAUCCUUGUCAAGUGCCUCUGUAGCUAUUAAUGCACUCUGAGCAAAUGGUGAAAAUUUGGAAAAAAAAUUAGCUAAUAAAAGAGGUAUUGUGUACAAUAAAAGGGACUUCCUGUGGUGA